GAGGGUGUUUUCUUCAAGUUGAGGGGUUGAGGGUAAGGAAGCUGUAUCCUUGGGUCCUGAACAGGGCUGGGGAAUGUCAGGGCAAAAGCCAGCCAUCUGAAACAUCUAGAGAAGAAAGGCAUCCCCCCUCCCUGCACAUUCCCUUCCUGCAAGCUGGCCCUGGUUUCUCAUGAUGUCAUCCAUUCAUCAUUGUGAGCUGCUGAGCAGUCCAGGGCUUGGCCAGCUGCCCCAGGCCGGAGGGAGGAGAGAGAUCCCAGGACAGACAAAAGAAACAGGCCCUGAGCAUGUGUGGAAAUGUUAUCACCAGCUCCACCUAGCAAGACUUGGAGACUGAAGAAGGCAGCCAAAGUCACACGAUCCUAUCCCAUCUUGCCUGCCCUGAAUGCCUGGGAAGAAUUCCAGGGCCUCUUGCCUGUGGAUAGGGAGCCUAACCCUGGAGUGGGCCUGGGGGUAGAGGAGGGGCUGCUCAGCCAGACACUGCAUUCUCCAGAGUUCAACCUCUUCCCAGACUCCGCGGUGUUUGAGAGCAACUUUGUCCAGGUUAAAAAGAGCAGGGACUGGAUUGACAUCUGCAAAGCCUCCAACACCAUGGCCCUCGGUGUCACCUCCUCCGUGCCCUGCCUGCCCCUCCCCAACAUCCUCCUUAUGGCCAGCGUCAAGUGGCACCAGGGCCAGAGCCAGACAUGGAACAGACCAUCCACAGUCCCAAACAUCAUCUUGAAGAGGAUUCUCCCACUGAAGUUCGUGGAGCUGCAGGUGUGUGACCGCCCCCAGCGCGUCCUACGGCUGCGGACGGUCACAGAAAAGAUCUACUACCUGCGGCUCCACCAGGACCAUCCCGAGGCUGUCUUCUACUUCUGGAUCCGACUGGUUCAGAUUCUGCAGCAGGGCCUGUCCAUCACCACCAAAGACCCUAGGAUUCCCGUCACUCACUGUCUGGUCCCCAAGAGCUGUUGCAGCCCCUCCGGAGACUCUCAGUUAGUAAAAAAGACACUUCAAUCCUCCCAACCAAGUGAGAGCCUCAUGCAGCUGAUGGCCAAAGGGGAGAGCGAGGCCAUCUCUCAGAUUUUCGCCGACUUGCACCAGCAGAACCAGUUCAGGAGCAGCAAGAAGGCCAAGACCAUAAAGGACCUCUUAGACCCAGAGGAAGACACUCCCUUUGAAGACCACAUCCCUUGUACCCGAGACCUCAGCUGGAGGGAAUCGUUCACCUAUGGAGAGUGGGAAAGAGAGAACCCCUCUGGGCCACAGCCCCUCUCACUCCUCAGCACACUGGCAGCCUCCAUGGGGCCCCUGGGGCCCCACCUAUAGGAAAUUCUAUCCGAGCCACCCUUGCCCACUGGGAAGAAUCUGCACCGCCCUCGCCAGCGCCAUGCCGCAGUGUUCAGCUUCCCAGAGGCUUCUAUCUGGAUGAGAGGGGUGGACAAAGCUGCAACCAAGAAAACUGGAGAAUUAACACAAGAACCAUUAGGGAGCAUGGUGGCUGGAUGAGAAGGCUCAGUCCAGCACUAUUCCAGCCCACUACCUUGGGUCCUCUCCACCGCACAUCGCCACACCUCAGACCUCACCUCAGCCCACCACAGACACAAGAUGCCAGGACCAAGAAACAAAGAAAAGGAAGGAAGCAGAGUAGAGGUGGGAGAGAGCAAAAUGGAGGGAGAAGAGGGAUGAAGGAGGCUGAGAGGAAGACUAAUAAAGAGAAGUGAUCACAGGACGUAAUAGAAAAGAUCUGGGGGGAGAAACUGAAGAAGACAAGAGAAGAAAUCCACUACCACAAGAUGCCAUAUCAAAUACCUAUUUAUCCUACUGAAUGCUUGAAAAUGAGGCCACAUACCAGAAAGAAAAAAAAAAUGUGUUGUCUUCUUUGUUCAGACAACUCUGGACAGGUAUGAUGGAACAGAGAUGAGUUACAAUCAAGAGUCUCUCCUUAAAACUUUCUCCUUUUCCAGUUUUUCUUGUUAGCCCCUUUCUUUGAUUCAAACUUGAACCAUCUUCCUCAGUCCAUUCCCUAACUUAGACUAACUAGCCCCAUCCCAGCAUUCCACCUAGAGCUGAAAGGUUCCCGCAGGAAUUAGUAAAACCAGAUGUGUGAGGAAAGAGAAUUUCUCAGCUUGCUAACGUCUUAGCCCUACCAACACCAGCCCAAUAACAUUUCUGCCUGAAAUGUUGACACACCUCGUCAGUGCUUAUGUAAUGAGCAAUUCCAGAGAGAAGAGCUAGAGACAUAGAGUGUAGGUAAAUUGAGCUUCUAGAUUCCAAGUGCUGGUACAAAUAACUGAGGUUCAUAAAUUACAGAGCAACAGAGUCAACAAGGGAGCAUCUGUCAGAUGGUCCACGGAUAGGCUGCAUUGUUCAAAAUACACAAUAUUUUGCAUUCAAUAAAAACCAGACUAUGAGUA